AAUUUUUUCACAGAUUCUCUGGUGGCCGCCAGCUUAACUUCUCUUUCAAUGGCGGUCUCCAUCAAUGGCAAACUCCUCCUCUCUUCUCCUCCUUCAUCCUUUCAGAAUUCGUUUCCUAUCUCAAAAAACCCAUCUCUCAUUCUCCACUCCGAUAUUCACAAAACCCUAAAAAAACCCACCCUUUUCUCCGCUGCACCAACUCCAACCCUCAAACCAAUCGCCGUCUCCAAAAAUCCGAUCGCCGGUGUAGUAUCAGAUUACGACGAAUAUUUCAACGAUGAUGAGAAACCCAGAGAAGAAUGUGGCGUCGUGGCGAUUUAUGGUGAUACAGAAGCCUCUCGCCUCGCGUUUCUCGCCCUUCACGCUCUUCAGCAUCGCGGUCAGGAAGGCGCUGGAAUCGUUGCCGUCAAUGAUAGAAUCUUAAAGUCGAUCACUGGAGUUGGUCUUGUUUCCGAUGUUUUUAACGAAUCUAAUCUCGCUCAACUUCCCGGCACUAAUGCGAUCGGCCAUGUUCGUUAUUCAACUGCCGGCGCUUCCAUGUUGAAAAACGUUCAGCCCUUCGUCGCAAGUUACAGUCUUGGAUCUGUCAGCGUCGCCCAUAAUGGUAAUUUGGUGAAUUAUAAAACUCUCCGUAAUAAGCUAGAAGAAAACGGAUCAAUCUUCAAUACCAGUUCCGAUACAGAGGUUGUUCUUCACCUCAUCGCUACGUCAAAGGCUGAAAAUCCCUAUCUUCGUAUAAUCGACGCCUGCGAGAAGCUAAAAGGUGCGUUUUCAAUGGUUUUUCUUACAGAGGAUUAUGUAGUUGCAGUUCGAGACCCAUAUGGGUUUCGUCCAUUAGUAAUGGGUAGAAAAACUACUGGAGCAAUCGUAUUCGCUUCUGAAACAUGCGCCCUUGAUUUAAUCGGAGCAACUUAUACAAGAGAAGUAAUGCCAGGUGAGAUUAUCGUAAUUGGCAAAAACGGAAUGCGAACUUUCUGUUUACCUACAAACCCAACACCCAAAUCUUGCAUCUUUGAACAUAUCUACUUCGCCCUUCCAAACUCGGAAGUCUUCGGCCGAUCCGUAUACCAAACCCGUCAAUCAUUCGGCAAGAUCCUAGCCGCCGAAUCUCCUGUUGACUGUGAUGUUGUGAUAGCAGUGCCAGAUUCCGGCGUGGUCGCUGCACUUGGUUAUGCUGAAGAAGCAGGGGUCCCGUUCCAUCAAGGCUUGAUCAGGUCACACUAUGUGGGAAGAACAUUCAUCGAACCAUCUCAAAAGAUUAGAGAUUUUGGUGUGAAAUUGAAGCUGUCUCCAGUUCGUGGAGUAUUAGAAGGGAAAAGGGUUGUGGUUGUUGAUGAUUCCAUUGUACGAGGAACAACUUCUAGAAAGAUUGUGAGGCUGAUUAGGGAAGCUGGUGCUAAAGAAGUUCAUAUGAGGAUUACUAGUCCUCCAAUUACUGCUUCUUGUUAUUAUGGAGUUGAUACUCCAAAUACUAAGGAAUUGAUUUCUAAUCAGAUGGAUGUGGAGGAGAUUAGGAAUCAUAUUGGGGCUGAUUCUCUUGCUUUCUUGAAUUUGGAUAGUUUGAAGAAGUUUUUGGGUAUGGAUUCUGAUAAUUACUGUUAUGCUUGCUUUUCUGGGUUGUAUCCGGUUGAUCCUAAAGAGGAUGAGGUUGAGAAAAUUGAGGAUUAUGGAACGAAUGGGAGGAUGAAUUCCAUUGAUGUUGCUUUGGUUUAGGGUUCAUUUACAUUGCAACAAGGAAUAGCUGGAGAAUUGCAGAUCAAAUUGCAAUUCUAAUUAGGUUUUUUCUUUUCUUUUUUUUUGUUAUCUUACUCUCUUUUUUCAGAGUUUUAACUAAUUUUAUUUUACAUUUAGUGUAUGGUUUUCAUCAUUCUCAUACUAAUAUUUAGAGAUGUUUUAUGUCGAAAUCCACAACUCGUUCAAGUUGAAUUGAGAAAUCUCAAAG